AUGUCACAUUUUCAGCGCGACUACAAACCAAACAGACACACCGAUGCUUUUGCCUCGCUAUUCUCUACAGUUGCAGAAACUCCACGUGGCCCUGAUACCGUAUCGAUACCACCAUCCAAUCAACACGAACGUAGUAAAUCCAGUUUAUCCUCCGAAAUUCCCUACAAGUCAUUCCUUUUUUUAAAACCACCCGCGUCGCUGAACAGCGUGGAGCUCGCAGAGUUGCCUUCACUUCUCAAAAAAGUGAUUACCGACAGCCUUCAGGGUUAUUUGUAUGAAAAUGCCAUCUUCUACGCCGAGCGACUAUACGAUUUGGUGCCGGAUUACCGCAAUCUUUACAUUUUGGCGGACUGCUACGUGCAGAGCGGGGAUAUCGACACCGCCUGCCGACUGCUGCGAAGCUACUACCCCUUCUUUGAGGUGCAUGUGAGCCGCCCAUCCAGCGCCGGCCCCUGCCCUGCGCCGCGCGCCGCGUUUAAAGGCGACGGGGGGGGGGGAAUCCACCCGUCCCUGUUGCCCCAACGGCGGGGAAUCUACCCCAGCAUCGCUUUUCCUUCAUAA